AACUUUCUAUAUUCUUCCAGGCGACAGACAGACACCAUUGCUUUGGCAUCUGAGGGGCCCGCUGUGUUGCAAACAAGUCCGGGAUGGUGGGUGGAGAGAGAGGAGACUGGGGAGGUUGCGGCGGCGGUAGAUGAGGGCAUUUACAUUGACCCAGUUGAGUUUAUUGUUGGAGAUGUUGUCGUGUCUGUUGUUGACCGUUGAAUGAGUUCUAACGGUAGUAGUGUCACAUGGAAUGUAACGGUUGAGAACGGCCGUUACUGGAACGUUGGUUGUCGCGCGAGCAGCCAGUCGUUACUGGAACGUUGGUUGUCGCGCGAGCAGCCAGCCGUUAACUACCGCUACUAUACAAGGACACCGCUGCUUCAGUGAAGCCCUCGUGAUUGGAUGAAGAGAGAACCACUGACUACCAGUAUGGACGCGCUACAUCCUGGACUUUCCCACAAUCCUUAGUUCUCUGAUCUGCAGCUGAGUCUACUGAACCCUGAACCGUGACCAGCGCCGGUCUAUGACUGACCUCCUGUCAGGUGAUCUGUCUUGUGCCACGAUGAUGUCAGUAGAUGUGACCAAUCGUAACGGCCCCGCUGCCACGCCCCCCACCUCACUCAGCCUACGCUCCUCACACAACCAGCUGCUGAGCAGUGAUGUCAUCAAGCAGGGCUCCGCCACGCCUCCCAAGUGUCGCAAAAAGUAUGCUCUCACCAAUAUCCAGACUGCCAUGGGCCUCGGAGAAGCAGCGCCAUCUUCAUCAUCCCCAUCAUCCCCAUCACAGUCUUCUACCCCCAACAAUCCCAAACUAGCCAAGAACGGAAUGAACCAGCUUCGUAAAGCCGGUCAGGAUCACAACAAAAACACAACAGGCCCUGAAUCGACGGACUUGGAGUCCCAAACUACAGCAGAUGACCUCAACGUCAACACAGCUGAGGACGACGACAGUCACACUAAUAAUGACCGAGAGGAUGAUGUCAUUGAGCUAGACGUUGAACUGCAAUCAGACACUAACAGUGACGCAGAGCCCGAGCAGAAAACUGAAUCAGACAUGGACUGCAACAUUAACACGACUGUGGAGCUCAAACUGAACGGCAACACAACAGAUUCGGGCUUUGACUUGAACAUUGAUGCGGAGGAGAGCGAUGACAUCAGCAUUCUGUCUGAGAAGGAAAUGUUGUCAAAGAUGAAGAUUGAGGAAGAUGGAGAUGAGGUGGCUUUGGAUGAGCAGGAAGACGAGGAGAAGAAGCCUUUACUGAUGAUACAAAGUGAGUCUCCUUUGAAGAACCACAAAGUUUCUUCAGGCCUGGAACUCAUCUCUGACCUCCACUCCAACCUCAAGCUCCUCAAAUCAGGCAAGGACUCUCCGGUGCCUCCUCCUCCCUCCCCACCUAAGCAAGCCAGCCCAGAGGACACGCCCCUGCUCUCUGUGGCCUCCGGCUCCUCCUCUUCCUCCUCCUCCCCAGAGACGAAGAAGGACAGAAGGACUGGGGCAAAGACAGACUGUGCUUUGAACCGCAUCCAGAAUCUGAACCCCAGUGACGAAGAGUUGAGUUGGACCACACUGUCCCAGGAGAGCAACUCCCCCGAGGAGACAGAUAUCUGGAGUGAGCAGUCAUUCCAGACAGACCCUGACUUGCCUCCAGGAUGGAAGAAGAUCACAGACAUGGCCGGUAUCUACUACUGGCACAUUCCUACAGGCACCACCCAGUGGGAGAGACCUGCCACCCGCCCCGCACCGCCUGGACAGACCGAGACCCAGGCAUUGGGCGACCACACAGCCUCCACACCACGUAAACACUCCCUGGGCUCACUCAGCCCCUCACCCACUCCCGACCACGAGGCGUGCCAGGCGGAGGUUUUCUUCAGGGCGUCAACUCGUUCGGGCAGCACCACCUCUGACAGCUCAGUGGAGCCACUUCCCACUCACGAGCCCACCGUCACCACAUGUGGAUUUGUCAACAGCUGCUACUUUCCUCGUUCCACAUCUCUACAGGGGAUGCCUGAUCCGGAGUGUCGCUCUCAGCAUCUCGAAGAUGAGGACAAGAAACAGGUGUGGAGUGAAUUUGGCGGAAAGAUUGAUAGUGAAGUGUGGAAGGACCUGCAGGCAGCCACGAUGAACCCUGACCCCAGUCUGAAGGACUUUGAAGGCGCUACGCUUCGCUACGCAUCACUCAAGCUAAGGAACCGUCCAACAGUGGAAGACGAGCAGUGCAACGGUGUCAACGGUGACUCAGAAACAAAGUGUUUUGCAGUGCGCUCUCUGGGAUGGGUGGAAAUGGCUGAGGAGGACUUGGCUCCUGGGAAGAGCAGUGUCGCCGUUAACAACUGUAUCCGACAGCUGUCCUACUGCAAGAAUGACAUCCGAGACACCGUGGGCAUCUGGGGAGAGGGGAAGGACAUGUACCUGGUGCUGGAGAACAAUAUGUUGAACCUGGUCGACCCCAUGGACCGCAGUGUGCUUCACUCUCAGCCAAUCGCAAGUAUCCGGGUCUGGGGCGUUGGCCGGGACAAUGGCAGAGAGAGGGAUUUUGCAUAUGUGGCGCGGGAUAAAAACACCAGGAUCCUGAAAUGUCAUGUGUUCCGUUGUGACACGCCAGCCAAAGCCAUCGCCACCAGCCUGCAUGAGAUCUGCUCCCGGAUAAUGACAGAGCGAAAGCAUGCCAAAGCGAUGGCAGGCUCUCUCCAGGACAGGAUGCAGGCAGGACUAGAUCUCCCUUUACAAGCAGAGUUCCCCACACCAAAGACAGAGCUGGUUCAGAAGUUUCAGGUGCUCUACCUCGGGAUGCUGCCUGUUGCCAGACCAAUAGGCUCUGCUCCAGGCAUGGACAUACUGAACGGAGCUAUAGACAGUCUAAUUGGCUCGUCCAACAGAGAGGACUGGACUCCGGUAGCCCUCAAUGUGGCAGAUGCUACUGUCACCAUCAGCAAAGACGAGGACGAAGAGGAAGUGCUGGUGGAGUGUCGUGUUCGAUUCCUGUCUUUCAUGGGCGUCGGGCGCAACGUGCACACGUUCGCCUUCGUCAUGGACGCUGGCGGCCAUCGUUUUGACUGUCACGUCUUCUGGUGUGAGCCCAACGCUGGGAACGUGUCGGAGGCCGUACAGGCAGCUUGUAUGCUGCGGUAUCAGAAGUGUUUGGUGGCUCGACCCCCCUCCCAGAAGGCCUGCGGCUCGUCACCCCCCGGUGACUCUGUGUCCCGUCGGGUAUCGACCAGCGUGAAGAGAGGCGUCCUGUCUCUCAUCGACACUCUCAAACAAAAGAGACCCGUCACCGAGUUGCCGCAGUAACCGCGGUUAACCGCCAACCGACUCCCUGCCACAACUCCCAAUCACCAUGGUAACUUGCCACAUCGCUGCCAAAAAAAAACGUCACCACCACAGAACCCUGUAACCAUGGAAACACAGCAGAGCUGUCCCAAUUCCUUCGCUUUUCUGGACUAAUAAUUGUAAUUUCACCUCAAGAGUUCAUCAGCUCUUGAGCUGAAAUUCAAAUCCGUUUCCUCAAAAUAACUGAGAUGAACAAAGACUCUAAUCAAGAAGGAACAACCACAGUGAAACACCUGAUCGUAAAGGUGAUCGUGUACAUAGAAGUAACUCUCAUCCCCCUCGGCACAGAGAAGGAGUGAGGAGAAGAGAGCAAAAACUGAAGAAGUAGGAAGUGCUCCUUCCAGCACAGGACGUGUGAUGAGCGAGCUCAUUGCUGAUCUCUCCAUGCUCUAAUUGUAUUUGUGUCUGUGCCUGUGCUGCCAGCAUGACCUUGCACACCUGGCCACACCCCCCCCCCCCCCAUGUCAUUCACCUGGUUGUCCUGUUAGUCUGUAGUGGCUUUUCCCCGUCUGCCCCUCCCUCUCAUCGUCCUCUGUAAACCGUAACGUGAAGUGGAAAGAAGGAAUCGUGAAAGCCAUCGCGUCUGAUUUCCGAAUCAGUAUGUAAUGAAUGAAAGAAGGACGCUGCUACAGACUAAAGAGAUUUGGCCGUCAGUCUACACACCUGUUCAACUGAUCCUGCAUGAACUUUUUAUAUAAAAUAGACGAUAUCAAUACACUGCUGCUGCUUACAGGAGGGGUGAGAAAUCCGAAGCCACAUUGUUUUUCCCGUCUUCUUACGUCUUUGUUUCUCGUCAGCUGCGCAAGAAUCAGUCUGGAGGGUCUAAACGAGCGGUGACUUUUCACCCGAAACAUCCCUCACAUACUUCCUGUUUGCUUGUUUUUAUCCUUUCGUUAUCCCUCAGAAAACGACAGAUGAUAGCCAUAACGAAGGAAAGAGACACAGGGAGUGUUACCCCUCCUCUGCUCCCCUGCUCUCUGGUAAACAGCUCCAGACUCCAGGAAACGUCGGCAUGCUGCCGCUGCUCUUCGAUACAUGCUGGAGGAAAUUUGACAGAUUAUUCCUUUAAAUCCCACCACUAAUACAUUGGGGUUGGCAACACAAGAAAGGCCGGAGGAAUCGUACAAAGAAGACGACUGUAGGAAUGUGUUUUUGAACCCGGGUAUGGCGGCAGCUGAGAUCCGACCUGUGAGAAGGAGACGGGUUUCAUCUCCAGCCUCGGCGAGAGAGAGAGACAUGUUGACUCAAACUAACAGGACCUUCCUGGGCUGCUAUCUAUCUGUCUCCAGGGUUUUCUGUACACUUGAAUGCGCCUUCUCUGUUUUUUCAUCGCCUCCUUCCCUACUGUUUUCUUCGGUGCCACGAGAUCACUUGCUUUUUGGUUUGUUUUCUGUAGUUUUUUCUCACACAAAUCUCAAUUCGACACUGCUAGCUCCUUAUUAUCACAUAUCUGACAGGCUUGGAUGUGUGGUAAUAACUAAUGAAGUCUUGAAGUUUAUUGCAACUAAAAUCAUGAACACAUUUUCCCCUCUGGCAGAUCUCUUGGAUGUGGAGCAGCAGAUUAAUACUGAACCUCUACAAUUGACCGUUUGCUAAACCCCUCCACCGGACAACGACUGUCUAAUCACAGUUUAAGAACCAUAACAAAGCAUAGCAACCUGUCAAGCCACAUGUUGAAGCAGUGUGUACGGGGCGGUAGGAAGACCAAUACUCUGUGAAUAGUUUGGAUGGUUGUGUCUUUUUAUUAAUAUCUUAAUAUCUUUGUGUAGAAUUCCCCACGGUAAGAUGGUCCUGGGCUCUACUUACACAGCCCUACUCCAGACAUUAGUUUUAUUUUUGGCCCGAAAAAUGGCUCUUUUGCUAGUACAGGUUGCUGAUCCCUGAUCUAGAAGAAGACAUUAUAAAGUCAGCCAGAGACGGUAUUUUCAACCAACUCCUGGAGCUAUCAUUAGCUUGAUUUGCUAGCUACCAAGCUGAUGAAAUCUGCUUGGGAUUAUUGUCAUUUCAGCCACCAGACUUGACAGUUGGUGGUUAAAAUGAGAAGCUGCUUUUAUUUACUGUGUGAAAUCAAAGAACCACUACUUUUAUUUGAGUGGUAAAUCUGCCACCUUUUAUUGUGAACUGCAUAUAUGUGAGAAAGUAGCAACAGCAUCCAAAGGCGGGGUGGGGGGGCGCUUAGCGAACGGUCACAUUGUCACAUCUGUAGGUGCGUCUUGUUGUCUCCACGUCUUGCGGAGCCAGGAACCAGGAGUGUAAUUGAGAUUCUGAUGAGAAAAAAUUCAACCGCAUCACCUUCGUUUGUCACAAAGGAUGUUGAAAUGUGAAUGAGAUGACAAAAUGUGCGUGUACAUAAGAUAAAUUUAAUGUAACAUUUGGCAUUAAUCAUUGUUAUAAGCUAUCUUUUCAUGUAGUUUCCUGUUGUUUUCUUGUAAUGAAAUGCCUUUUUUUGAGAACUCACCAAAUGGCCAAAGUGUAAAAUACUGAUAUACGUUGUUGUAGAUAAGAAAAAUACGAGAGCAAAUAAUGAAAGGAGGAGAGGCGAUUGGAAAAUUUCACGGUUGUCAAUUACGUUGAUACUGAAUUUAACUGAGCAAUUAUCUAUGCAUUCUUUUGAUCUCCAGGAAAGUCGUGAAAAGCCUUGCAUGCCCUUGGACGGUUGAAAGAGCGACUGUAUGUACUGAACAGAAAUAUUUUUUAUUUUAUUUAUUCUAUUUUAUAAAGGUAUAUACUGAUUUUAUUAGUUGGGGCGAGUAAAGUCUCUUGACUCGGUGUCAUUGUCUCAGUCCCUGGUUAACUCACAAUGCUACAACAAGCUCCGCUUUGCAGAAAAAAGGCAGAUACAGGAAUAUAUCUUCACCUUGUACAGUGCACUGAGAGCUGGGAGUCCGCUGUUGAUGUGUUUAACAGGAGUGAAGAGGAAGAUGAAGAUGGUGGUAACAGCAGCAGACUCCCAGCAUCUCUGUCAAGCUCACACACAUAAACAACAAGAAAACACACACCUUUCCCACAGAUGGAUGUGUUGGCUUCCGUUUGCUGCUCACUGAUUUGUACACUUUAUCAAUGUAAUCAAUUGUGAGAAUAAACAGCAUUAUAAAACCGAA